AACCCGGUCACAACGCGGGGAAGUUGUGUUACUGCGUUGCCAUGGGGUUUUGUGAAACCUAUUGACUGCGAUAGGGUCCCUGCUUUUCUUCUGAGUCUGUCUUUGUUGAAGGAGGAGGAAGAGAAGAGACCCCUAUUACUUUUUUUCUUCCCCCACCAAGUCUGGCGGUGGCGCGUGAGGAGGCAAGAGGAGAGGAGGAGGAGAAACGAAAGGAGCAGCAGCAUCCAGGAAAGGUGGAGAGGGAGGAGGAGGAGAAACGGAGCUGCUCCGGUUAAAACCAACAGCGAAACGAAGAGGCUCUACGUUUUUACCGGUUACACCUCCAACCUCUUUCUUCCGGCGGUGGAUGCAAAUCAACUUUGGAAAGAAGAGCUGCGGCAUGAGUUGCACCUGAGGGUUCAGCCCUUCUCCAACACACCAAUCAGGUCUCUGCUGCACCUAACAACAUCUGGAGGAGGUACGGCAUCUUCAGCCCGUCCCGGAAAUGAACUGAGCUCACCGAGGAGAGCGCUGGUUGGUCGAUGAAGUCCUGAAUCCUGCAGUGAAACCAUGAGGUCACAACGAAACUCCGGAUUGGCUGGCAGGCUGACGCUGCUGGUGGUCACCUGCCUCUGUGCCUUUCACACAACCACAGCCAUCGAUAUUCCUCUUGAGGUUUUGGGUCACGUAAACAUUGAGCAGCUGCCCACCAUCAUAGAUCAGGCUCCCAGCUCCCUCAUCGCCUUUCCUUUCGAUGAGAGCUUCCCCAUGACGUGCGAGGCCAAAGGGAAUCCCGAACCAAAAUUCCAGUGGGAAAAAAACGGGGAAGAUUUUGACCCUUAUCUAGAUCCUCGACUGAUGAAAGAGGAGAAUUCUGGGACUUUUGUGAUUCCCAACAACGGGAACCUCACAGAGUACCAGGGAACCUACCGCUGUUAUGCUUCAAACAAACUGGGGACGGCCAUAUCCAAGGAGAUUGAGUUCAUCGUACCAAAUGUUCCAAAAUUCCCUAAAGAGAAGCUGGACCCUGUGGAGGUGGAAGAGGGCCAGCCUUUCAUUCUGAAAUGUGACCCCCCCACCGGCAUCCCGCCCCUGCAGAUCUACUGGAUGACUAUCAACCUCCAGCACAUCGAGCAGGAUGAGCGGGUGUCCACCGGCCUCAACGGAGACCUCUACUUCUCACACGCCGUGGAGAAGGACAGCCGGAGGGACUACUGCUGCUUCGCUGCCUUCCACAGGAUACGCACCAUCGUUCAGAAGACCGCCAUGUCUGUCAACGUCAAGACAAGAGGAGGUGACAGGUCUGAGAGUGCCAAUGCAAUCCUGGAGAGGAAACCCUCACUUCUGACGCCCCCUGGUGGCAGUUCAGAGAAACAGCUGGUCAAAGGAGAGGACUUGGAAUUGGAGUGUAUUCCAGAAGGAAUUCCAACUCCACAGGUGGAGUGGAUAAAAAUUGGUGACCAGCUUCCUGUUAAAGCAAAGCUGGAGAAUCACAGGAAGCUGCUGAUCAUUCCCAGAGCCCAACAGGAGGACAGCGGGAAGUACAUGUGCAGAGCAAGGAACCCACUGGGAGAAGUUGUCCAUUACUUCACAGUGACAGUUGAAGGGCCUCCAGAGUGGGAGUCGGAGCCACAGAGCCAGCUCAGUAUGAUCGGCUCCCAUGUCCACAUCAAGUGCUCGGCCCGCGGCGUCCCGGAGCCCACCAUCACAUGGAGGGUGAAUGGCCAGCUGCUGCAGGACUCCCCAGCGGCCAACAGGAAGAUUCUCGGCGAUGCCGUCUUCUUACAGAACGCCAAAGCCUCUGACAGCGCCGUCUAUCAGUGUGAGGCCUCCAACAGACAUGGGACCCUUCUGUCCAACGCCAACAUCAUGAUCAUGAAUUUGCAGCCUAUGAUUCUGACAAAUAACGGGGAGGAUUACUCUGCAGUGGAGGGAAAGGGAGUGAUGAUGCACUGUAAGGUCUUCAGUUCCCCUCCUUCAGCAAUCACUUGGAGCAGGGAUGACUCCUCUGAGUCGGUGGCAGGACCCCGGUUUACGUUUCAUGACAACGGUUCGCUGGAGAUCCACUCGGCAGAGAAAGGCGACGCGGGACAGUACACCUGUUUGGCUAAAAACACGGAGGGAUCAUCCGCCAUCGACGCCGUUCUCUACAUAAAAGAUCCCACCAGAAUAGUGGUGGCCCCAAAGGACCUGCAGAUCUUAAAAGGCAGAGCAGCCCAGCUCUCCUGCCUGGCAGAGUACGACGAGUCCUUCAACAACGACUUUGAGCUCCUGUGGGAGAAAGAUAACACACAGAUAGUGCUCAACUACACAGAGAAUCCCAGAUACAUCAUGGAGGAUGGCUAUCUUAACAUCAGCGACGUUAGCCAUGGAGAUCAGGGUGUGUACAGUUGUGUGGCGAAGACUCCGCUGGACAGAGACACAGCUUCGGCCUUCCUCAUGGUGUUAGAUGUCCCCGUCGCUCCAGAGAACUUGGUUUUAUCUGAGCACAAGAGUAAAAGCGUAAAGCUGGAGUGGAUACCCGGGGACGACCACAACAGCUCCCCUACAGAGUUCAUCAUCGAGUUUGAGGAAAACAAGUGGGAGCCAGGAAACUGGAAGGAGCUGCUCCGAGUCCCUGGGAACCACAACUCUGCCAUCCUCAGGCUCCAUGGUCACGUUGAGUAUCGCUUCCGUGUUUACGCCAUCAGCGCCAUCGGAGCGGGGCUGCCUAGCGAACCCACGGAGAGAUACAAGACCCCCCCGUCAGCCCCUGACAAGAACCCAGAAAAUAUCAAAAUCGAAGGUCAUUUGCCACAUGAAAUGAAUAUCAACUGGGAGCCGCUGCUGCCCAUCGAGCACAACGGCCCCGGCCUGGAGUACAAGGUGAGCUACAGGCGGCAGGAUGGGCAGGAGGAGUGGACGGAGCACACCGUGAAGAGGCACUCGUUUGUGGUGCGGAACACUCCCACCUUCGUUCCCUACGAGGUGAAGAUCCAGGCCAGGAACAACCAGGGCUGGGGGCCCGAGCCCAGGAUUGUGAGCGGAUACUCAGGAGAGGACUUUCCCUCUGCUGCACCUGACGACGUAGCUGUGGAGGUGAUGAACAGCUCAGCGGUCAGAGUGACCUGGACACGCGUCCACAAGGACAAGCUCCAUGGACAUCUGGGAGGCUACAGGAUAAACUGGUGGCGCCUGCGCAGCCUGGUGGACUCCAAGAAAAGCCACGGAGACAAACACUCUCUGGCGUUCCCCGGGGAUAGGACCCACGGCACCGUGCCGGGCCUGACGCCCUUCUCUGAGUACAGUCUCAUCGUCAUGACCUUCAACGGGAGAGGCAACGGUCCGGGCAGCCAUCCGGUCAACUUCAAAACCCCAGAGGGAGUCCCAGAGAAAAACCCAGUUUUGAGGGUCACGGAUGUAAAGAGGAACUCAGUGUCUCUGGCCUGGGCCCCUCCUUUGGAGCCCAAUGGGAUUCUAACAGGAUAUUUACUGGAGUACCAGCUCAUUAAUGACACAGAGGAAGUUGGGCCUCUGCAGGCUGUGAACAUCAGCAACCCUGACACCAUGAAGUGGAUCCUGCACGAAUUAGAGCCUCUGAGCAAAUACAAGUUGUAUCUUCGCUCCUGCACUGCGGUUGGCUGCGGGCCCGUUGUCAGCGAGGAGAGCACCACCGCCCUGGAAACAACUUCUUCUUUGGCUCCUACUGUUGGCAUCAGAAAGUCUCUCUCAACUCCGACCACUCCAAAGUCACAUGUGACCAAACCCACUCGUCCCAACAUAGGCCUGGCCAGCGUCCACGGAGGAAUCUCCACCCAGGGCUGGUUCAUCGGCCUCAUGUCUGCCAUCGCUCUGCUCACACUCAUCGUGUUGAUUGCUUGCUUUGUCAACAGAAAUAAAGGAGGAAAGUAUUCCGUGAAAGAAAAAGAAGACCUUCAUCCAGACGUGGAGUCCCAGGGCAUUAAUGAUGACACAUUCUGUGAAUACAGCGACAACGACGAGAAGCCGCUGAAGGGCAGCCAGCGCUCCCUCAGCAGGGAGAUCAAAACGGCGGACAGCGGGGACAGCCUGGUGGACUACGGCGACGUUCAGUUCAACGAAGACGGCUCGUUCAUCGGCGAGUACGGGAGCCGCAAGGAGAAGAGGGCGUCGGCCGAGGUCAAAGCCUCCACUCAGACCCCAGCGUGAGGAACAGAACGCCCAGCCAGCAUCACUCUACCCACAUGGAACCAACAAACCCAGGAGGACAGAGACGUUAUCGAAGACUGCCGAACAUUUUGUGUCAAAACGUAAUGAGUCAUUGCCAACUGCACACUGCCAUACUCAUUCUCUAAAGCUCUGUUCCUUCACACUGCAACACAAGCGUUACUAAAUACCAUGUAUAUAUAGUGUAUAUUGUAUGUGUUGAGUGUUCCUUUUUUAUAAUUAUUAUCACAAAAACUUUAGAGGUGGUGAUUUGUUUUGUAUUGUUUGCUCUUCAUGUUGGUGUUUUCAGCUGCACUCUGGUUUGUAUAAAUGGUGAACUCUUACAUGGCGCUCUGUCAUUACAUGAACCACUGAUGUCACUGUGUUGCAGGUCACAGGCGAGUAGGGAGAAGUUGAUAUUUUUCCAGUCGAGCAAUUAUUACUGACCUUUUUAUAUCUGAAACAAUUCAUUAAAUUUGAUGUAAUUUGUGUAUGAAAGUUUGCCUAUUAACUUAUUUUUUCUCAGUGGUUUAUACCUGACAAAAUAAUGAGGAAAUCUACAUAUCACUUCUCCACCAUAACUAUCCUGAGACAUGAGUGUCCCUGUUAUCUGCCUCAGCAGCUUCAGUCUUUGGUUAAUGUGAAGCUCCUUCUCCAUGGGCGUCCUCUGGCCACAUUCCUCUCAGUUUGCAGAUCCUUCCUGAUUCCUCUCAGUUUGUUGGCACCACUGCAGGUUUCGGUAAGCGUUGGUGUUUUCACAUCUGAUAGUCCAGUAGACUCGGUUCGAUUGGGAACCAAAACUCCAACAUUUGUUCCAUUUUCAGCUGCUGUGGUUCACUUUCACACUGAACUGAGUGAAACAAACCAAACCCUCUGAGUGACCCAAGAACAACAGAAGAAAACACAAAAACUUCUGAAGAAGACUCCUAGUGCAGAUUCCUUCUUCACAAAUUGUGAACAAAAUUUUACUGGUUGUAAUUUUUUUUUUGUCUUUGGUAAAAGACUACAACCAUUGUUCCCCCAAGCGCUAGACUAGCAUGUUUGUUUUGGUUGUAUUUACCCAGAAUGCUCUGCACUGCAGUCUGCUUCCUGCUCUUGGAGUGGUCGCUGGUCUGCUUGCAUUCACAUGUGCAUUCAAAGCACACUAGAGUUCACUUCAGUCCAACUUAGACCAGAAUUAGUAUUUUGGUCUGAGUUUGAUUGCACAUUCACACCUCCCUAAACAAACUGGACUGUCUCUAGGCAAACAGACUGGAGUUCAGUUAAAGUGGACUAUAGAAGGAUGAUGUGAAUGCAUCCCCUAUCAACUUUGCUAGAAGAGAACAUACAACGUCAACUGGACAGGGAAAUAUGUAACAAAUAUAGCGAGAAAUUUCUUAAAUCUGUUCGCCCACAAAAUGACAUUAUUGGAGCACCAACGGCCCUUCCACAUUUUUGCCCAUGUGGGCAACCCUACACCCAACCUACACCCACAUGGUGAGGAUCACACACCCAGGUUGGCUAAAACUGAACCAGACAUUGACCGUCUGGACACUUGACAAUGGAGAAAGGGUUUUAUUUUUCCACAUAUUCUCAAAUUCCUGAAAUAAUGGCCUAGGUGAUUUUUUUGCCAAAAUAUUUUUUUAUAGCCCAAGUUUCUUUUAUGAAGAAAAAUAUGUUCUUUUUUUCUGCAAAAAAUACUUAGAUCAUUAUUUUAGUAAAGUAACAAUAUAUCAGUGCCAGGUUUGGAACAUGUGGUUCAUUCCAGAUGAUCAAUGAUUAUUUAUUUCAUAAAACAUUCCAGACACUGAUGUUUAAAUGAGAAACCUUUGGCUGAGACAAGAAAGCUCAGGAGUUUUUAGCAGCUGUUUCCCACUCCAGCAAAUCUGAAGUUCAAAUCUACAGUCAGCGGUUAUUUAGCUUAGAAAUAAUCUUUAUCGUCCCUCAGUGGGGAAAUUCAGGCAAACCUGCAGCAAAGUGACAGGCAGGUUGAAACGUAAACUCACACCAAGAUUUAAACAAUGUACCAAGUAAAACCAUGUUAAAAAGGCUGGAUACUCUGAUGAUUCAGCCUAGUAACAGUCAAAUGAAGCGGUUUGAUCUGAUUCAGUAGGUCAAGAUAUUACAGCUGGAUGUCACAUCUCAGGUGUGUGUGUGUGUUUGCCACAUUCCUCAUUGAUCUGAAAGAACCAAGUACUUAACCUGAAAACUGCUAUCUUAACAUGAAUAUUUUAAUUUCCAUCUAAAGUGCCUUGUAAAAGUAUUCCUAGCCCUUGAAAUUUUUACAUUUUGUGACAUAACAACCACAAGCUUUAGUGUAAUUUAAUGGGAUUUUUAUGUGACAGACCAAAGUUCUAUCUGAUUUUCAAAAAUAAAAAUGCAGCAUGUAGAUACAUUGGUGCCUUUAUUUAAACAGGAAGAGGAAAAACUCAUUGAGAUUUAAAGUCUCAUUUAUUAAAGUGUCCUGAGCUAUUCAGCAGCAAAACCAGCUAAAACGAGACAAUUGCAAUUUUCUUAAAAUGAUAAACAGCCUGAAGAAUUACUAUCUUAAAUAAGAGUUGUCAAAAAGUGCCAUUUCCAUUUAAUUUAAAAUAAUUUAAGGAGGCUUCUACUUUUUAACCUCUACAAGAGAAUUUAACUACAGCUUAAAUUAAUGUGACCAGGCCAAGAAACCUGAAAGACAUCUGCAUAGAAGUGAAAAGAGACUAUGCUGUGAAAUAAAUUGACAUUACAGCAGCAAGAACAAUGCAAACAAGGCUGGUCUCAAAACUGAGCCCUGGAGGAUCCACAAAUUAAGAGGGGUUAGUUUUGAUUUGCUAUCUCCAUCAAUCAAGGGGCCAGAAGCCGAGGUCCACUCUGGAGAUUUCAUCAGUUCAUCACAGUGGAACACAAACACAGUUACACCAACGGGCAAUUUAGAUCCCAACAGACACAGAAAAACAUGCAAAAUAAUUCUGAUAAUAUUCAAAGUAAAUUUUAAUGAGAGGACGUCUGGCUGUGGAAAUUAAAGUGCUAUUAGAACAAAGGAUGUCGAAUACAAACACACAGCCUACUUUUAAGAUUUGUUUUUAAAUGUAAAUACAGCGUAUAAUUUUCCUUCCACUUAAUAACUAUACACCAUUGUGUUGCUCUGUCACAUGAAGUACUUUAAAGUUUCAUGGUUGGAAGGUAAACAGAGCGAUUAGAGAGGUUAGGAUACUUUUACAAGAUAUUGUAACCUCAAAGAUUCAGGAUUUUUAUUGCACACACACACCUGUUGGCUGACACGCUGAACAGUUUCACCUGGUAGUCAUCACAGAGCCUGUAGGUGGCGCAGAAAACUUCAAACUGCCAGUAAGAAUUGUAUUAAUGUGGGACCAGCAAUGAUCAUUUCCAUCUAAUGCCUGAAAUGAAAAUGUGAAACUAUCCCUUUAAAGGGUUUUUCUUUUUUAAAGCAAAAUAGAACGUGCCUCAGACUGAUCAAUAACAUGAUCACCAAUAUGAUCACCAACAUGUUCGGACCGUUAAAAAGAAAAACCAGAGUCUUAGUUUCUUACUUCUCUGAGUCAGACGAUUAAAACCACAGAAUUCAACUGAGUUUCUUUUAUUAACAUUUCCCUGUUAAGUUCAACCCAACCUGGACCAAAAAGCCUUUCUGUAAUCAGAUUACUUUAUCUGGCUGCAGAUGCUUAUCAUUCACCUGUUUCAGUCAUUCAGUAGUUUUUCAGUGAAAUGUCUUAAAAUGCCUUGUUAUCUCCACACUGUCAAGCAAAACACACUUCUGUAUUCACAUUGCAAAUAUCCAACAUGGGUGUGUUCUGUAAAGAUUCACCCAUUGCAUGUUAUGAAUGUUAAUCUGUAUUCUUUUUUAUGCCAUUAAAUUGCAUUACUUUCCUAUA